CUCGGAAAUUACAAAUCUUCUUGAGGCCGCCCAAGAACUAAAGCUGUGGGAACUCGUCGAAUUCCUAAAGGAUCAUUUAAUACAAGAUAGGAAUAAAAAAACGUUAAGCAAAUCUCCCGACAAAACGUGCAUUGUGCAGAGCAAAGAUCACGCCAGUACCUCAAGAGAAUCAUCGAAAUCGCUCAGUAAAAGAGGUCGAAUUCGACUUGUCGGUGCUGGACCUGGAGACCCGAAUUUAUUGACCCGCGCAGCUUACCAAGCCAUACAGGAAGCUGAUGUUAUCCUGUCUGACAAAUUGGUGCCCAGUGAAGUGUUAAAAUUGAUUCCUCAACAAACGGAAGUGCUCGUUGCCGCAAAAAAGUUUUGCGCAAAUGCCGAAGCCUCCCAAGAAGAACUCAAUCGCUUGGGUCUUGAGGCUUUGAGUCAAGGAAAGGAUGUCGUAAGGUUAAAACAAGGCGACCCGUUCUUGUUUGGUCGUGGUGGUGAAGAAUUUCUCUUUUAUCGUUCUAAUGGUUACACUCCACAAGUCCUUCCCGGUAUUUCUUCUUGUAUGUCCGCCCCUUUGCUGGCUAACAUUCCCGUUACGCAUAGGGGAGUCGCGUCUCAGCUACUUGUCUGCACGG